CUGGAUGUGAAUUAGAUGUUUCCUAGUCCCUUCCCACUUUCUCUCAAUAAAUUCAACACUUUCUCUCUGUAAAUAACAUUCAUAUUAUCAUAUAUAUAUAUAUAUAUGUAUAUACACUAGCUAUCACUUCAGCUUCACUUUACAGUUUACACUCAACCCUAUAAUUAUAGAUCACAUAUCUGAACCUUAGAGUUGUGAGAGAUUUAUUACUUUUAUGUUACUAGAAAUGGAAGAAAAUAAGGACAGAUUGAUUGAAACCCUAAUUAGAGGAAGAGAUUCUGCUCAGAGACUGCAGAGCUUUCUCCAGUUGAGAAUGAACGUUGACGGGUCGGUUCCGGUUAAGGAUCUAUUGGCGGAGAUACUCGAAUCUUUCUCCGGUGGUCUUUCGAUGUUGAAUUAUACGGAUUCCGGUGAGAUUUCUAGGGUUCCGGCGAGUCCUACGGUUUUUCAGGUACCGGAUGUUUGCACCGGGAAGAAACCGGCUCCGGUUGUUAAGGAAAGAAGAGGUUGUUACAAAAGAAGAAGGACUGUUGAUUCUAGGGUCAAGAUAAGUACUACAAUGGAAGAUGGUUAUGCAUGGAGGAAGUAUGGACAAAAGGAGAUCCUUAACUCUAAAUUCCCAAGGUGCUACUUUAGGUGCACCCAUAAACAUUUUCAUGGGUGCAAAGCAUUGAAACAAGUUCAGAAACUGGAAGAAGGUGAAUCAAACAUGUUUCACAUCACAUAUUUUGGCAAACACACUUGCCCUUCACCAGAUUCUCUCUCACACCAACACUAUGAAGUGGUCCUAAAUCUUGAAGAUUCCAAAAACAAUAACCUUCUCCCUAACAGUCCCUCAACUAUUACAAACAUCCACACUUGUGUUAAACAAGAGGUUGAAUCUAAGGCUCAAAGUACCGAUGUUUCCGACAACAUUUCAUCAGGCAAUGAUGACCAAUCUUCUUCAGCAAUAAGGUGGAAUGAGGUGUUAAGGGCUGAUUUGGGAUCAUGUCAUGAGGGUGCAUCAUUCAUGAGGUUUGACCUUGAAGAUUCUAGUGCUUCAACUAGCUCACAUGGCUAUUUGAAUAUGGAUUUUCAUUUUCUCAACAAUGGUGAUUUUCUAAGUGAUAUUAUUCAAUUUGAUGGAGUAUUUUCCUGAGCCAGUUCUGAAUAUGGUUAUCUUGGUUCAAAGAGACAACUUUCCUGAUUAACCGAACAAUUCCUUUUCGAGUAAUCAACACUAGUAAAGAGAUAGAGACAUGAUGAUAUCGUGAUCCAUGUCUAGAAGCCAUCGUCGUAAAUCUAAAGUUUUGUAAUUACAUGUUGUAAUUACUGCUUUGAUUUAUGUUUCCUUGUUACCUGUUUAUUCACUCUUCUUUCGCGUUCGCACCUAUCUACAUAUGAGUCGGUUAUUCGAGUUAUCAGCCCCUCAUCGCCUGUCGCCAUCAUCGAAAAUCUAAAGUUUUGUAAAUACAUGUUGUACAAUUACUUGUGGUUUCCCUUAGUUUAAUUUUGUAAGAUGUAUUUUAGUUAUCUUGUGACCUCAAGAAUAAUAGGCUUGCUAGAGGUGUACAACACCAAGUGCACAUUGUAACAUAUAUCAUCCUUUCUCUUUUCAAAUUAUAUAACAUGUAUUUUAUGUGUUUAA